UACCUACUCCAACAGAUAAAACUUAAAAUUUGUUGCCUUUUCAAGUUUAGAAUCACAUUUCGUGACUAAUGCAAACCUAUCCGGGUAACUUAUUGACUAAAGUGGGGAAGAGAUCGGAAAGAUAUACUCAUAAAGAACUGAGAUUUCUCCUUGAAGAAGUUCAGAAGUAUCCGAAUAUUAUAGAAUCUCCAAACAGUCAUAGUGAAACAAAACAUAGAAAGUUUGUACUGUGGCAGCAUAUUUCAAAAAAAUUGCAAGGUGCAUUUCCUGAUUCUAGCCCGAAAUCUGCAGUACAGCUCAGAAAUUGGUGGAAACGAACCAAGAGCAGGGCUAAGCAGCGUCUUUCCUCCGGUUCUUUUACGGCAGAAAAGUGUAAGUUAACUGAAAAUAAUCCCACAGAAGUUCAAGAAAACAGUCGAGGGUAUCUAGAAGCAAUAUUUUCGGAAAUAUGCGAAUUCAGGCGUCAAAUUGUGGCUUCUUAUACGACAGAAAAAGAAGAUUCGGAAUUCACCAAAUUUUUAGAAGAAGCGUGCGAAGAUUACAGCGCUGAAGAUGAGGAAGUCGUAUGUGAAUCUUCAAAUUCCAGUUUCUUGGACAACAGUCAAUCAACAGAGUCAACCAGGGUUCUUUUAAAUGAAAACACUUCGUCUUUCGGAUGUAACUGUAGUAUAGAUUUACGAGAAGGUUGUCAAAUACAAAAUUUAAAUCCUAGAGAUAUUUGCAAAUACAAUGGUAUACCAUCGCAGAAUAUGUUUACGUAUGAUCCAGGCAAAAUUACGCCAGACACCUAUAAUACAGACGAAUCUAUGAUAAAAGAAGAUAAUACCAGUAUUUUGUUCAAUCAUAUUAUCACAAAUGUAGCGGCAAAUUUUUUUUCGAAUUACAAACAUGUAAUUGAGAAUUCAUCACUUUGUAAGAUGGGUGAUGCAUAUUGUUCUGAGAGCGGUACAUCGUAUAAAAAUGCUAGUGAAAGUAGCGGCGAUGUUUUGACAACAGGAUCAAACUUCGAUGGAAAUUCGUUUUCUUAUUUCACGGAUGCCUCUAAAAGCUUUGGAAUGUCAACAAAUGAGAAAAGUAUGUUUUACAUUCCCACAGUCUUAAACCCUGACAGUUCAUCAACACAAAAUGUGUCUAAAUCGUCUAGAAAGGUUAAUGACAGCCCUGAUUGUUCAUUGAUAUGGCUAGAAUUGAUGCAGAUCGAUAAUGAAAUUCUUAAGCUUAAAAAGCGGAAACUGGAUUUAGAGAUUACAAUCUCAGAUGACUGUCUUAAUAAUUAUUACAAAAAUUACAUGUAUCGUAAAUGUAAGACAUAAUAUAUUGGUGAAUGAAACUAUAAAAUACGAAGUAAUGUCAGCCAGUAUACCGAAAUAUACCACUAAAAUAAAUCACUUGUUUUGAUAUGCUGGUGUGGUUUUUGAGGUUGAAAUAUGGCCA